AUGAGUGACUACCUCCUGUGGAAUGAACUUCCAGACGAUGUUGAGGACGUUGAGGACGGUGAGGACGCGCACUCGCUCGCUGUCAGAACACUUUCAGCGUCGCACGACUUGGAUAUCAUUCGACUUAUGUCGUGUCUGGGCCUCAACGUCAGCAAAACAAGCAAAUCGAAGAAUAGAGGCAUCAGCCCGCCUCCAUUGCCUGCCAAUGUGCCACCAAAAGCAUCGAGCCUCCGUGCGCCCCCGCUUGCGAUCCAGCAUACCGUCUCGACCACGAACAAGAAGGUCUAUACCGAGGAGGAGGAUCGCUUCUUGCUCAUCCAGAUAGACAAAUACGGGAUAGAGAGCGAUGGAAUCUUUGAAAAGAUCCGGGACGACAUUCGCGAGUCGCCAUUGGUCUGCUUCGACUGGUUCUUCCUCAGCGAAUUUGAGCCUGAGACGAUGACCAACGGUAGAAGUCCUGGGAAGGAAGGGCAAGCGCGCCAUGGGAGACCGGGAGACUGGAAGGAUGAGUCAGAGGAGGAAAAAGAUGCUCCAGUCGAGAGGAAGGGCAAGCGCGCCAUGGAAGACUGGGAGGGAAAGUCGGAGGAGAAGAUGCUCCAGUCGAGAAGAAGGUCAAGAAUGGCGUCAGUGUUUACGAAACACCGAUUCCGAUCGAAUGCGGUGGAAGGAUUAGCGUUGUCAAGGUCACUUCUACCUUUGUAG